UUUAUACUCAAAGUAGUAUAUUCAUUAGGCUAUCCGUUAUUACAGUAUUAAUUAUUGAUUAAUCUUUAAUUUUGUUUUUUCUUUUCCCUAAACUAAAUUAGUUUCUAAACUUCCCAAAUUAAGCUGCUAAGUCCAUAAGCCUUCGCCGGAGCUAAGAUGGAUUUUCCGCCUCCUCCGACGGCUCCACCAUUUAUUAUACCAACUCGCCGGUACAUACCGGAAAGUAGGCCUGCUCUCCUGCAAGUAGCUCAAAUUCCAGAUUCAGGGUCACUUUUCAUCCGCAAAUCAAAUAUUUCGUCAAUAAUAAGCACAUGUCCCGACUCAAUAUCAUUGCUGAUUCUUUUGAAUUCUCGGAAGAUUUCAUCUAAUGGCAACUUUGAUUUUCAAACGAACUUCAUUAAUGAUGAUGAAGUUCCAAGAUUUGAAAUUCAAAAGGAUGUCUACUAUAGCGUAGAUGAUUUGAAUAAUAGUACCUCAUCGCUGUUAUUGGAGCCCAAAGUCACUGCACUAGGACUUAUAAGUGAGAAAAUUCAAAGCAAGAUUCCGCAAAUGUUGGAUGCGAUCAGAGUUAUAAACAAUGCAUACUUGUUUGGGUACAAACGGAUUUGUCAUCCCCAAACACAAUGGGUGACAAAUGCUGUGGGUGGCAUAAAAAUGUGGUUAGGUUUGGACGAUGAUGAAGCAAUAGAAGAAGCAUUGAUACAAAAGACGGAAGAUGCAUGUAAAAUUUUGUCUAAGGAGAUACAGAGCAGCAAAACCUUUCUGGAAUACUUGAUGAAGGAAUUAAAUAUAACAGAGAAAACACAGAUAUCUUCUUUAUCAAUUUUGGAUGUAAAACAAGCAGCUCCGGCGAUUCUUAUCAUGAAGUGUUUUGCACUGGGAAAUGUAUCAUCAGCUUAUACCACAAAAAUUCGUAGAAUACUGUAUAGAUGCAUCCCACUCCGGGCACACACUGAUUUUAUGGCCGCAUGGUUCAUUGCAGAACCAAUCCGCUCCCUAGAUUACACUCUCACACUCGAGAGAAAUCCAAGCUUGCUAGCUACUACUUUGGCGGGAGUACGUCCUGAAGAUUCGGGAUCCCAUGGAGAUGUUUACAAAGUGUCCAUACUAGAGGACGGAAAUGAGUGGCGGCUGAGCAAAAAUGAUUACGCAUUUAAAGUCUCCAGAAAUCUCUCACUUGGUCAUCUCACGAAUGAGGCAGGUGUUUUGAUACACAUGCCAUUUGCAAAUACAAUUAGAAUAGUGGGUGAAGGUUUUGGAGAAUUCAACGACAAACGCGUGUUUUUUCUUGUUACGAAGUGGGUUUCAGGUGGUAAUUUGCAUGAUAAAAUGAAAGGUUAUAUACCGUGCGCACAGAUUAUAAAAAUAUUAAAUGGAAUAGCAUAUGCUUUACAUUUGUUGUACGCAAGCAUAUGCGGUUGCGUGGUUGAUCUUAAACCUGCAAACAUCUUAUUAGACGAGGAUGAUAACCCAGUCUUGUGUGAUUUUGGGUCAUUUCGCUUUUCUGGAGAAAAAGUCUCAGGAGCUUUCAGCGGAACCCCACUUUACCAUGAUAACACAUAUGCUGCCACCCACGCACGUGACAUAUUUGCGUUUGGGGUCAUCACAUUCCAACUACUGACGGAUGAGGUCAACACAUUCCAGAGUGAGCGUGGCAAGCAGGCAUACGGCAGAAACUUCAGCUUAAGGAUAGAUGCAUACAUUGAUGAAGAGAAGGAUCUCGGGGAACUAGUGAAGGAAUGUCUAAGGGAUGAACUAGACAAUGCCAAGCAACUGCUUAGGAUAGCGGCGAAGUGUGUCUCAAUGAAAUCACAACGCCCCUCAGCUUUCGAAAUUCUACAGAAAUUUCAAGAGUUGUUUGAAGAAAAUUAAGACAGACAAUCAUGUUGUCUUCAGGCAUUUGAUAGCAGAGCAUUGGGUUCAGUUUUGGGAAAACUUUUCGGAAGCAUUUGAGAUUAUGUAAUAAUAAUUAACACUUGCCAGGAAAAGUCUGUUAAUAUUAUUAUCAUAACUUUCAUUUGAUUUUCACAGCUCCAAGAGCCAGAACCGAAAGAAGUUGGGUUAUACCAUUGCCUUAUAGUGUUCCAGUAGCUGCACGAGGGAAACUUGCAAGUUAUUCCUAGGGAUAAUACCCACGAAAAUACCUUAACUUUGAUCGGAUUUUCAGUUGAGCAUACUGAACUUUGUGGGAGUCCUAUUACCCCCAAGACUCUUUUUUUUUCGUAUUUUAAUGUCAUAUAUCUGUCUACUUGGACACGUGUAAAUAUACACGCGCCAGUGUCGAAUCUGGGUAUAGAGUUUCGGGGAGAAUUAAAUUCACUUUAAAAAGUCUAGGGGGUAAUAGGACCCCCGCAAAGUUCAGUAUGCUCAACUGAAAAUUCAGUUAAAGUUCAGAUAUUUUCGUGAGUAUUAUCCCU